AUGAAUAUACUAACGAGGUUAUAUUCCACUGGAGGUAUCCUAGGACGCACAUCCAAUAACCUUACUAGUGGUAUCGUUGGUUUGGCAAAUGUUGGAAAAUCCACGAUUUUCCAGGCUAUAACAAGGUCUAAGCUUGGGAAUCCCGCAAACUACCCAUUUGCGACUAUUGAACCAGAAGAAGCCAAGGUGGUUGUUCCAUCCGCUCAACUAGAUUAUUUACAGAAGUUAUAUGGUUCCGAGAAGAAAAUACCUGCUACGCUAACGGUUUACGACAUCGCUGGGUUGACAAGAAACGCAUCGCGAGGCGAAGGUCUCGGUAAUAAGUUUCUAGCUGAUAUAAGGCACGUUGAUGGUAUAUAUUCGAUUGUACGUGGAUUUAGAAGCGAUGAAAUUAUCCAUGUCGAAGGAAGUGUCGACCCAGUACGCGAUCUGGCUCUUGUACAGGAUGAACUUGUGUUAAAAGAUCUUGAAUGGCUAGAAGCUGGAAAAGGAAGAAUAGAAAAGAAAAUAGUACGUGUAGCGAAGACCUCACCGGAAUAUACAGCUUUUACCUCGGAAUUGAAGCUGCUCAGUAGGCUGGAGGAAUUCCUCUAUGAAGGCAGAAGGGUAUCUCAUUUUGCCAAAGGUUGUACAAAGGAAGAGAUUGACAUUAUCAACACUCACAACUUCUUAACCGCGAAGCCAUCAUUGAUCCUUCUGAAUUCCACCCCCAAAGACUAUUUGCUCCAAAGGAACGAGUUCCUUGAUCCUGUCAAAAAAUGGGUAGAAGAAUAUUCUCCUGGCGAAGAGGUUCUACUGAUCAGCGCCGAGUUUGAAAGGAUAUAUAAUGAAUUCAUCGACAGAGAUGACCUUGCAGGUCUGGCAGACUACAUUAAAGUGACUCUAGGCGACGAAGCUCCUAAAGUCGAUAAAAAGCUAUCUUUUCUGCCACAGAUGAUUAUUAAGAUGCGUGAGCGCCUAAAUCUAAUCAGUUUUUAUACCUGUGGUCCUAAAGAAUCGCGACAGUGGACUAUAAGAAAGGGCACCGAAGCGCCAGGAGCUGCUGGUGUGAUCCAUUCAGACUUGGAAAAAACCUUUAUUUGCUGCAAUGUGAUAAAGUACUCUGAUGUCCAAGACCUAGAACCCCCACUACAGGAAUCGCAGUUGAGAAACAAAGGCAAAAUCCUUCGUGGUGGUAAAAAGUAUGUAAUGCAAGAUGGCGAUAUUGUCCACUUCAAGGCUGCUAAUAGCAAGAAUUAG